AUGGGAGCAGGGGCCAGCGCCUAUCUUGCCUCCGUAGAUGACGCCACCUUGCAAAGCAUCACUGAAGAUGUUGACAAGGCAGCACAGCUGCUGAAGCUUGUAGCAGAAGGGAGGCGCAAACGCGAGCUUGGGCGGAGGCAGUUGAAGAUCAAUGGCCUCUGUGGCUCACAGUUCCAGCUCGAAGUCGACGAGGCUGCAACUGUUCUGGAUGUUUCCCAGGAGAUCGCAGGAAUCGUUGGUAUAGCGCCGGGGAGGAUGCUUGUUUUAACCUCCGGCGGUACUGUCCUUGACGAGUCUAAACCUUUCCUGCAGCAGCUUCACGGAGAUGAGAUUACAUACAAGGAUCAGCAAGUGGGUGCAGGUCAAGCAGCAGUGAGUUUGCUGCGGUCUCUAGCGGAGUGGCCGCGACAUCGGCUGUGUGCAGCAGACACGGCCGCCACCGAUGCGAUUUCUUCGUUGACCAUUGGCAACGAGUUUGGCGUGAGCUUGGAUGCAGCCAUGCUACCACAGAACCUGCAUAGACUGACCUUCGGAGACUUCUUCAACGAAAGCCUGAGGAACGUAGCCUUGCCAAGCAGUGUGCGGACGUUGACCUUUGGUAACAGAUUUAAUCAGAGCUUGGAAGGUGUGACUUUGCCAAUCAACCUGCAGACGUUAAUCUUCGGCAACGAUUUCGAUCAAAGUUUGGAAGGCGGGCAUGUUAUGCAAGCUUUGCUGGUUGUUGUGGUAGUGUUUGAUGUCAUUGUUGUCUUCCUGUUGUCGCUGCUGAUCUGUGUUGUAUCCGUCGCGACACGGUCGUCGCUGCUGCGGGCAGCCGGCUGCGACGACGACGUCGACAACGACGACUGCAAUUACGACGACGAGUCUUACUCGACGACGACGACCACUACGACUACCACUACCACUACCACUACCACUACCAGUACCACUACCACUACCAGUACCACUACCACUACCAGUACCACUACCACUACCAGUACCACUACCACUACCAGUACAGUACCAGAACCAGUAUCAGUACCAGUACCAGUACCAGUACCACCACCACCACCACCACCACUACCACCACCACCAGCCCUGCGCCUGCCCCUGCCCCUGCCACUGCCACUACCACUACCACCACCACUACCAAAACCAUUACUACGACCACUACCACUACUACCACGGCUGCUCCAACAACAACAACAACAAUUACAACAACAGCAACAACAGCAACAACAGCAACUACUACCACUACUACAACUACCACCACUACUACUACUACUACUACUACUACUACCACUACUUACUGCUACAACUACAGCUGCAAAUGCAAAUGCAACUGCAACUGCAGCACCAGCGAUGCCAGCAGCAAUGACAACAAUACAAAGACUACUAGAAACAGUACUUUAA